AUGAAACAUAAUGGUUAUUGGUCACAGUAAAAAACAUUCAAGUUUUUAAUUAUUUUAAUAAAAUAUAAGAAUUCUUAAAUAAACUGUAUACUGACGGACUACAUUACUGAUCUUGGCGUACUAGACCAUCAUAAUGGCCGGUGUUAAGAAAAAACCUCAACUUCCAAAAUCUGUUUUGGAUAUGAAAUUUAUGAAAAAAACCAAAGAACGGUUAGAACGUGAAUUGGAAGACACUCAAGAUCAUGGUAGUUUAUACUCGAACAUUAUCACAAACGCAAUGAGAUCAGCAUCCGGAAACUAUGUCACUGAAGCAAGCUUUAUCUUCUGUGAAAACCUAAUGGAAGGAAGGUUAUCUUUUAAAGGCAUGAACCCAGAAAUUGAAAGAUUAAUGGAACAAGAAAAGCUAAAGGAAAUACCCAGUGGUGAAAUGCAAAAAGAUAUUCCUGAUGACAUUCUAGCAAAGAAAUUUCAAGCAUUCAACAAAAGAAAAAGGGAUUCGAGCACUCCUAGUAAAUAUACAAUGGUAAAAAAAAAGAAAUCACAUUAGUGAAGUUAUUUAUUCUAUAGAAAUUAUUUUAAGCCAACGUUAAUUCGUUAGCUUUGUUUUGAAGAUAUGUUAAAGCAAAAUCUUAAUAGAAAAUACUGUCAAUAAUAAUUUGGGGAGUAAAUUGAAAUUUUAAAAAUAUGCACUUGUAACUUAUUACAUGCCCAGGUAUUCAUACCACAAAUUUUAUUACUAUAUUGGGCCUGACAAAAUACACUUACGACCAAGUUCCAAUGGUAACCCACAAAUUCUCAAACUCGAUAAAAGUGUUGGAAGAAUCUGUUAAAUAAUGGUAAUUUAGAUAACUGAGAAGAUAAAACAUGUUUUAAACAUUGCAUUUGUUUCAAACAAAUGUAAUAUAUUUACUUUCUAUAUUAUACAAGACACUUGAUGUGCUUAUAACUGCGGUGCUGUGUUCAAUUUUCACAGGAAGGUACCAAUUUGUUUAAUGAAAUUCAUACUUAACUAUAGUAGAAUUAUUUUGUCCGUGCAGUUUGGGUCAUAAAAAAUUGGAGCGGUGAAGCGAGUAUUUCGCUCUCUCUUCCACUCACAAGUCUUAUG